GGACACAUACAAGCCUGAGAAAGAGGAGAGAAGAAGCAAAAGCAUUACAUGGACACACACAUCAUUAUCAACAACAAACAUCAUGCAAUAACACAAACAGCAUUCAGGCGGUAAACAAAACCUAAAAGGAAAACACACUAACACAGAGACAAGCUUCAGAUCCUAGGAUCCUCAGCUUUGUUCCUUACCAACAUCAUUGUCAACAUCAACCGCCUCCACCAUUGCUAAAUCUCUGUCUCUGUCUUACUCUUAUUUUUUUAUUUGGAAAAAGAGAGAGAAUACUUUCUCUCUAACUGUCAAAGCCUGUUGAUUGAAAGCAAAGUUUCAAUCUUUCUCAGACACAAAGGCAGUGAGAGACAAAGUGUGAAUAGGAAGACAAAAAUAACAGUUACCCACAAAAGGGGUUUCUUAAAAUCCCAGCAAAACUCAUGCUUUCUCUGGUUACUCAACAGACACUACUCUGUGUUGUGCAAUCAUUUAUCGGGGUUUCUUGAGCUUAUUUGAGGAAUGUUUUGUUCUUGGUGCAAUGUGGGUUCAAUUUUGUAGGUGAGUGAUUCUGUUGGAACUUCAGAGGGAAAAUAAUAAAAGAAAUGGCUUUGUUUAGAAAGUUCUUCUAUAGAAAACCACCUGAUGGGCUGUUGGAGAUCUCUGAAAGGGUUUACGUCUUUGAUUGCUGCUAUUGUAUGGAUACUUUUGAAGAGGAAGAAUAUAAAGUGUACAUACGAGGCAUAGUGGGUAAGCUUCGUAACCAUUUGCCUGAUGCUUCAUUUAUGGUGUUUAAUUUCCAAGAAGGUGAAAAUGAAAGUCAGAUUGGUAGUGUAUUGUCUGAAUUUGACAUGACUGUGAUGGACUAUCCUCGGCACUAUGAAAGUUUCCCCUUGCUCUCAAUGGAGAUGAUUCAUCAUUCCUUGCGGUCUAGCGAAAGCUGGCUGUCACUUGGGCAACAAAAUGUGGUCUUGAUGCAUUGCGAACGAGGGGGGUGGCCGGUUCUGGCUUUCAUGCUAGCUGCAUUAUUGCUAUACGGGAAGCAGUUCACUGGUGAGCAGAGAACCUUAGACAUGAUUUACAAGCAAGGGCCUCAAGAGCUUUUACACCUGAUGUCCCCUAUUAAUCCAUUACCUUCGCAAUUGAGGUACUUACAGUAUGUAUCAAGGAGGAACAUGGGAACACAAUGGCCUCCGCUGGAUAGAGCACUUACAUUGGAUUGCAUUAUUCUUAGAGUCAUUCCUUGUAUGGAUACAGAGGGGGGUUGCCAGCCAAUAUUUAGGAUACAUGGACAAGACCCUUUUAUGGUUGUUGAUAGGACUCCUAAAGUUCUGUUCUCAACACCAAAAAGGAGCAGAUUUGUCCAGCAUUACAAGCAGGCAGAUUGUGAAUUGGUUAAAAUCGACAUUAAUUGUCAUAUCCAAGGUGAUGUUGUCAUGGAGUGUAUUAACUUGGACAGUGAUCACGAGAGGGAACAGAUGAUGUUUCGGGUCAUGUUUAAUACUUCCUUUAUAAGUUCAAAUAUCUUGAUGCUUAAUCGUGAUGAAAUCGACACCUUAUGGGAUGCAAAGGAUCAAUUUCCCAAGGACUUCAGAGCAGAGGUUCUUUUCUCAGAGAUGGAUUCUAGUACUCCUAUUGGUGCAAUUGAUUUGCCUGGUUUAGAAGAGAAAGAUGGCAUACCUGUGGAAGUGUUUCCCAGAGUUCACGAGAUUUUCAGCAAUAUGGACUGGCCAGAUACAAAAACUGAUGUAGCACAAAAUAUGCACCAUCAUAUCAUGGAACCCCAAGAAAAUUUGGACAGCUCUCCCCAGAGGGCAGAAGGAGGAAGUGUACUGAUGGAAUCAACCUUUGUCAGAGUUCAAGAGAAACCGAAACUAAAUGAAUCAGAAAACAAGACUCCAAGUCCCACUUCCAUUACCCUGGUGAAACAAUCCACUCUCUCUUUCAAACCAUUUUCAGAUACAAAUUCAGUAAGAGAGGAGGCUGAACCCCAAGAACUAAAGGUUGCCCUCCAAUCUAUGCCCUCUAUUAAAUCAUCUCCUGAUGCAAAUUCAGCUAGGGAGAAGGUAGAACCCCAAGAACUGAAGGUCGCUUGCCAAUCUACGCUCUCUAUUAAGCCAUCUUUAGAUGCAAUUUCAACUCAAAAGAAGGUUGAGCCACAAGAGCUCCAGGUUGCUCUCCAAUGGCCAGCUCAAUCUAAGAUCAUAUCACAGCGAGUACCCCAGAGAUCACUCUGUUCUCCAGUUUCCUACGGCAAUAACUUACAGGGCUUACCUGUGCCUAUGUCAAGAUACCACAGUGCACCCUCUGCCCUAGGAAUUACAGCUUUGUUGCAUGAUCAUGCUGUAUCUAAAGGCGAAGAAGUCGUGCGUCCAGUGACAUUAUCUCUGCCUUCCUCAGCUAUUUCAUCUCCAAUCACAGGUGUGCUUAAACCUCCACCACUCAAUAAUGUGUCUGCUCCAAGGACACCACCACUUCCUACACCAUUGCAAUCUUCAUUUGAAGCUCCUAAAACAACAGAAAAGCCUUCUCCAACAUGUCAUAUUCCUCCAGCUAUUCCUCAACCUAUUUCAAUUUCUUCUCCCGUCACAGAUCCACCCAAACCUGCACAACUCAAUCAUGUGGCUGCUCCGGGGACACCACCAUGCCCUCUUAACCCAUUGCAAUCAUCAAUUGAAGCUCCCAAAACUACAAAUUUUUUUUCCGGUGCUUGUCAUAUUCCUCCUCAAUCCAGAGGAACAGAUUCUCUACUUAAUCAACAUCCUCAACCAACAUCAGACAGUAUCCACUCACCAUUGUUUCCAUCUCUUCUCUCUUCUCUUUCUUAUUCUUCUUCUCCUGUUAUCAAGAGUUCAUCUUCAGCUCCCCCAGCUCCUCCUCCACCCCCUUCUUUUUCAAAGGCAUCCCCAUCUCCUUUCACCAAGAAAUCAUUCCCAACUCCCCCUCCCCCUCCCCCUCCCCCUCCCCUGCCUCCUUUUACAGCAGCACCUCCAUCUUCCACUAACAGGAACUCGUAUUCAGCUCCCCCUCCUCUACCUCCUGGAAUGGCUUCAAAGGUUGCCAGCUCAGGUACUGCACAGUCUGGGAAGAACUUGGCUGUUGUGCCUGGACCACCACCACCACCACCUCCUCCUCCUCCUCCUCUACAUCCUGGAUCUACCCUGGGCCCUGCAAAUGCUCCUUCAGUGCCACCACCACCACCUCCCCCUCCUAGUUCUGUUGCAAAAGCUUCUUCAUUUAAUAAUGCCGCACAUAUUCCUCCCGUGCCACCUCCUGAUCCUUUGACUAAAGGGUUGUCAAGAACUAGUAGCGUCUCCUCACCUCCUCUACAUUCUGGAUCAGCCCUGGGCCCUGCUAAUGCUCCUUCAGUGCCACCACCACCCCCUCCUUCUAGUUCUGUUGCUAAAACUUCUUCAUUUAAUAAUGUCGCGCAUAUUCCUCCUGUGCCACCUCCUCCUGCCCCUUUGACUAAAGGGUUGUCAAGAACUAGCAGUGUCUCCUCACCAUCUCAUGCUGGAGUUAGAAAUGGAAAUGUGCCUUCAGUUCCUGGACCACCAUCUGGUGCUCCAUUUAGUGCAAAGGGGCAGGGCAUGUUACGUAUAAAUGCAAAAAAUCAACCCAGAAAAGCCAACCUGAAGCCUUAUCAUUGGUUAAAAUUAACCAGGGCCAUGUCAGGAAGUUUGUGGGCUGAGGCACAAAAAGCUGAUGAAGCUUCCAAGGCUCCUGAGUUUGACAUAUCAGAACUUGAGACUCUUUUCUCAGCGGCUGCUCCAAAUUAUGAUUGUGGGAGCACAGCAGGGAAAUCAAAUCGACGCACCUUGGGACAUAAAUCUGAUAAAAUCCAGCUGAUUGAACUGAGACGGGCAUAUAAUUGUGAGAUCAUGCUUUCAAAGGUUAAAAUUCCUCUGCCAGACCUGAUGAGUUCAGUUCUUGCUUUGGAUGAUACAGCAUUGGAUAUUGAUCAGGUUGAUAGCCUUAUUAAGUUUUGUCCAACAAAAGAGGAGAUGGAAUUACUCAAGGGUUAUAAUGGAGAUAAAGAGAACUUGGGAAAAUGUGAACAGUUUUUCUUGGAAAUGAUGAAAGUGCCACGUGCAGAGUCAAAGCUAAGAGUUUUUUCAUUUAAGAUACAAUUCCAAUCCCAGGUUUCUGAUCUCAGAGGCAAUUUGAAUGUUAUAAAUUCAGCUUCUGAAGAGAUCAGGAGCUCAGCGAAGUUGAAAAGGAUCAUGCAGACUAUUCUUUCCCUUGGUAAUGCUCUCAACCAUGGUACUGCAAGGGGUUCUGCUGUUGGAUUUCGAUUGGAUAGUCUCCUCAAACUCACUGAUACACGAGCUCGAAACAACAAGAUAACUCUCAUGCAUUAUCUUUGUAAGGUACUGGCUGAAAAGCUUCCAGAACUGCUAGAUUUUUCGAAGGAUCUUGUGAAUUUGGAGGCUGCAACAAAAAUACAAUUGAAAUAUUUGGCAGAGGAAAUGCAAGCUGUUAGUAAAGGACUUGAAAAAGUUAUGCAGGAAUUGACUGCUUCAGAGAAUGAUGGUUUGGUCUCAGAAAGUUUUUGCAAGAAUCUCAAGGUUUUUCUUGCUUUUGCUGAAAGUGAAGUGAGGUCUUUGGCUUCCCUUUAUUCCUCCGUGGGUAGAAAUGCAGAUGCACUGGCUUUUUAUUUUGGGGAAGAUCCGGCACGUUGCCCAUUUGAGCAAGUUGUGUCCACUCUGCUCAAUUUUGUGAGGAUGUUCGUCCGAGCACAUGAUGAAAACAAAAAACAACUUGAAUUGGGAAAGAAAAAAGCAGAAAAGGAUGCUCAAAAUGAGAAGUCCAUGAUGGCUUCUCCGAGAAAGCUGUCUGAAAACUUGGUACAGACACCUAUCAAAAGUGGGAUCUUCAAAUGAUCAAGUGCCGUGUACACCAUAUUCUGCCAAUCCAAUCAGGACCUGUUCUCUUACAGACAACACCAUUGCCCACCAUGGUUGAAGGCCCGUUACAAGCAAGCUGAGGCACUCACUAAAAGGGCAAAACUAGAAUUCAAAUCCAGAGAAGUGUUCUACAUUGCAGCAAGAAUUAAGCACUUAAAUGCAGCUGUACAUGGCAGGGACGGAUACUCAGUUUUUUGUGGCAACCCUUUCUUACAUGCUUGUGUGUUUCGGGGUUCUUCACUUCCGUUGCUGUUUCAGUGUUAUCCUUAUACUUCAUCUGCACCAUUGUUUACAAAGUUGCUUUGCUUUUGGAGCACAGAUGUUGGCAAUCUUUGAAGACAAAGUGCAAGACACUAGAAUCUUGUUGUCAAGAUCGGUUAUAGUUCGGUUUUCCAUAAUUCAUAUCGGUAGCUAGAUGGUAGGAGUGUUGUUUGUUAUGUACAUUUUGAUGUAUAGUGAUGUAAAUGUCUAUACGUAGUCAUUGUUGAAUACCACGAUUCAUCAAGAGCCUCACUUCUCAAAGAAAUGAAGAAGACAAUGUAGUUUCCAAUUGGAUGGGAUAAUUGUCUAAAGCCAUUGUCAACAA